AUGUCAAACAAACUUGCUUAUUGUAAAACAAACACAACACCUACACUCACUCCUUCUAUACAAAGUUUUCGACCGAAUCACUAUACAAUGGACUCAAUGGAGAUCGCCAUCACUCAUUAUGAGGCCUUGAAAAAGUUUCUUGCAAAACAUCUCGCCCGGGCUCGAAGACGAUCCUCAAAGCAAACUUCAAGAACGAAUGCCAGGGAGAAGUUGACAAGACUUACAAAACAACAGUUUCAAGAACUUUCCACUGACGUAUAUGACGAGUUGACCCGACGACUAUUGGAUACAAAUGAAGUGCCAUUUUUACCUGUUAAAGAUGAAUUUCAUCCAAAGAGGAAUCAAGCCCGGCAAAAAUUGGCCACAUUACCUCCGAAUCGAUUUAAAGAUUUAGCAAGCGACGUUUAUUAUGAAUUAGAGCGCCGAUAUCCUGAGCUUAAAGAUAUGAUAUUCUCAACAACAAACAAUCCAUCCUCCAAACAAAAUCCACAACAAUCGAAACUUUCAUCAGAUGAAGUCAAAUCUCAAGCAUCAAAGGCCAACAAUAUCGUACCAGAAAUUAGUACUUUAAAGCAAGAAACCAUUUCAGGUUUUCAUAUCCAAAAACCAAGUAGUCGACCAGAAACACCAAAUGUUAAUAAUAAUUCAGAUCAAAAACCUUCCGUAGCAAAGUAUGGUUCUCCACGAUCUCCGCGUAGUCGCACUCAAUCUUCCGCCGCUUCAUCCGUGUCUGACUUUGGACGUCGCUAUGCUAACGGAAUGAGUGUCAGUAGUUUAAGCAGCGUGUCAAGUAAAAAUACGCAAAAUAGAGAUACUGUUAAUAGUCAGAAAAGUAAUAAAGUGGAUACCGUCAAUUUUGCUUCCAUUGACAGUUUGAUGGCUGAUCUGGGUGAUAUGAUUGAUUAUAAGAAAUCAAAUGGAAGUGCAAGCUCCUCACCAAAAAUACCUCAGGGAUCAUCUUUUGGACAACCAGCGUCUUAUGCGGAGGUUGAAAAGGUUAAGGCAGAUUACGAGUUACAAGUAGCUACUCUUCAGAAACGAAUUAAAGAAUUGGAAAUUGAACUCUCGACAAAGAGUAAAAGUGGUAGUUCUGGUAAUGAUAGUGCUAAAAUAAGUGAACUUGAGAGGAAACUUGAAGAACAAAAACAGAUUAACAAGAAGCAAAUAUCGAAGAUGUCGGAAUUAGAACGAGAAUUUGAUAAAUUAACCGAGGAUCACCAUCAACAACAAGAGGUUGCUAAUGACGUUCAAAAGGAAGCAACCGGUUUAUUAGAGGAAAUUAAAGAGCUUUCAAGGAGGAAUGAUGAAUUAUACGCUGAUAAAGAAAGGGAUGCAAUCAAAAUCAAAGAUUUGACAAUAGAAUUAAAUGAAUGGAAGAAUAAAUAUGAUAAGACGAGGACUGAAUUAAGAAAUUUGAAAGAAGCCCCUAAAGUUGAUAUUUUGAAAAAUAACUCAUUAGCUCCAACAUCAGAUGGUGCAAUCGAUGAAUUAAAAAUUAUUAAUUAUCAAGUUGCAAUAGAUGAUUUGUUGAGAGCUGGAAGAUCUGAUGCACCAACUAAUGUUCUUAUGGCUAUGAAGUCAAUAGUUAUUAUCAGUAAAAGUAUUACCGAAGAAGUUGAAUAUUACGAACAAAGUAAAGGUGCAUCGAUUAAAACAGAGGAUAAAUCUAGUAUAUAUUCUAGUAAAUUAAAGCUUUCAUCAACUCUUGCAAAUCUUAUGUCAGCUGCCAAAAAUCAUGCAACCGGAUAUGGUGUAUCACCAGUUAGCUUAUUAGACGCCGCAGCAAGCCAUUUGACCACAGCUCUCGUUGAUUUGGUGAAAUUGGUUAAGCUUAGACGUGAAGGUAAACCUAACGCCGGGUUUAAAGUUCCAACGGAACCUAUGCCUAUAAGUAAUCAUGGACUACAGAAUGAAAUAAAUUCUGUAGAAAAUCAAGAAAAUGGAAGUAAGGCAAUGGGUCUUGAUCAAUUAAAGGGUUAUUUGGAAGGUCAAACAGAGGAAAUCGUAUCAGCAAUUCAUAGUCUCUUAAAAACCAUUCGCAGCGAAUAUUGCGAAGGUAGCGAUCUUACUAACAAUAUUGACACGAUCACAAAAAUAGUAGUGAAGGUUAUCCAAGAAUGUCAAGAUUCGUUUAAAUCCCCCGCCGUAGAAUCAUAUAAAGAAAGGAGUGAGGUGAUAUUAAAAGAAUUGGAAGAUAAUGUUGAUAAAUUAGAAGAAAUGAAAGAUUUAAUAACUAGAGAUAGUCAAGAUUUUAUGUCAAAUAAGAUUUCAAAGCAACGAUUAGCGAGUGCUUCAUUUGAAAUAGCCAAAUUCACAAAGGAACUUGUUGGUUUGGUUAGAAAUGAUGAAUGA